AGACCUCAUAUGGGAAGCUCCGUUCCUCAGACACUUGCCAUUCUCUGCUACGCUCGUAGCUCAAUAUGCUGGUAGUAAUUGUCUUCCUUUGCGUCGUUACAUGCGUUGACUCGCAGCUCUGUAGACUCAAAGCCCCUUCUAACAUCACUGAAGGAGUGUGGCCUGGCACUGAUGUUUUGCUAAACUGCACAGUAUUUGGUGGAACGGUAGAUCGUUUCUUUUGGAAGAAAGAUGGUCACGUAUUGAGCAACGUGAAGCUUGUUUCUCCUUUCGGGCAAGAUGGCCGCCGUUUGUUAACGUGGGAAGGACUUAAGCUUGACAAUAUCAGUGGUCGAGACGAUGGCGAGUACAGGUGUAUAGUCAGCAAAGAUGGAACAACAGAUGAAGACUGGGUGACAGUUCAUAUUUUCGCCAAGCCACGGAUCACAAGUCCAAAGCAAAUGUAUAUAGAAAGCAAUGUAGGAAACAGCAUUGUGACUACAUGUAGCGCUGAAGGAUGGCCAAAGCCAACUGUAUUCUGGCGAAAAGAGGGGAGUAACAGUGAACUGAGCAAUUCCUUUGUAACUAAUUUUGGCGUGUAUCUUCAUAUCGUGUUUGUACGGAAGGAGGAUAAUGGUUUUUAUCUAUGCUAUGCAAACAACUCUAUAGGUACAGAUAACAGGACACUUCUGCUUCAUGUAUCCAUGCAAG